AUGAGAAAGCGAAACAAGUCCGUCGCCACCACACCGAAACCUACCCUUGAGGAGGGACCUGACGAUGUGAAUAUUCUCAACAAACUCCAGGAUAUUGAGUCUGGAAAGUGCGUUGUGGAAGGAUGGAACAAUCCGAUUCCACGGUACCAAAGCACCGUGGGAAAGAUGAGGAUGCUGUUUGCACCCUUGGACCCUGUAUUUAGUCAAUCAGGAGACUGGGUCUUGGCGGCAGAACCUUCCGAUAUAGCGCACAUGUACCAGGCCUACAUGCGCGUUCUCAUGAUUUACUACACGUUUGUGGGGGUCACUGCCCUUCGCUUGACGCUGGAAUCACCCUAUUAUCCUGACAAUAUGGCCACACGGGUACUGUCGCUCAUUGCCCGCUGCUGUUGGUCGGCGGAAUGCCUGUGGUGUAUCGGAGCAGUGGUUGGAAUCUUUCAUUCCUUGUGGGCCGUUUUCUCAGUUCCUGCCAAGGAUCGCCGUCGCUUUGUCUUGGAUAAUCCCACAGCAAUGAGUUUUGUGUAUACCUAUGGGGCUUUGUCAUUCUGUCUCUUUGUCAUUGGCGUCGUGACGGGAGCCAUGGCAUAUUCGCUCCAAGACAAGUUUCCUCAUGAAGUGGCCAUUGCUACAGUUAUUGGUCUAUUCGUAUCCUUGAUCGCUAUGUCAGCCUACAUAUAUCAUGCUGGGUCAUUAAUGGCAAAUGCCAUGCGUCCUUGGAGAGUGGCCUAUGAACAAGCCAAAAAGGAAUUGGAAGUCGGCAGAGAAGCACCCCAUGAUUAUCAUAGGUAUCUCGAACACAAACGAGCUUCCAUGCGCAAUCUGGGCGAAGAAGACCAGGAACAACAACUAUCGGCACAAGAGACACAAGACGAAUACGCGUUGACAAACCACAAUAUGCAGGAGCAUGCCGCGAAACUGCGAUCGGCGGGUCUUGUCUUGCCAGAACUGGCAAAACUCCGUAAUCCGACGCUGGCGGAUCAGUUACUACAAUCUGCAGGUGUCAAACUACCAGGCCACCGACUCAAAAUCCUCUUGCUGCUGCAGGAACUAUGUCCCUUGGAGGAUGAUGCCAGCACCGUUUACGCAUUAUCGCAACAAUUGUCCAUCGUGGAGGAGAACGAAAAGGAUUAUACCGGUGUCGACAUUGACCCUGACUUGUAG